AAAUGUUUAUAUCCUGAGUGUCUCUUCUAAUAUAAAUAAGCUGUUUAUACAAAUUAUUAAGUUUUAUAUUAUAAAUCUGUCAAAUAUGGCUUAUAGUAAACAUAUCGUUAUAUUUGUUGCGUUAGUUCUUCUGGUUUAUUGCAAACCAGAGGAAAGCCAUUCAAUGGACAUACAGUACAGUCCUGAUUGGAAAUCAGUAGACAAUCGGACACUUCCCGAUUGGUAUGACGCGGCAAAAAUUGGUAUAUUUAUUCAUUGGGGUGUCUUCUCGGUGCCAUCAUUUGGCAGUGAAUGGUUCUGGUGGAAUUGGAUGGGAACUAAAGAUAAGGGUUAUAUCGAUUAUAUGACACAUAACUUUAAGCCUGGCUUUACUUAUGCCGAUUUUGCCAAUCAAUUUACGGCUGAAUUUUACGAUCCUAAUCAUUGGGCCGAUGUUUUCAAGGCUUCGGGUGCUAAAUAUAUAGUAUUGACGAGUAAACAUCACGAGGGAUACACUUUAUGGCCGUCCAAAACAUCGUGGAAUUGGAAUGCAAGAGAUAUCGGACCCAAUCGUGAUUUAUUAGGUGAUUUGGCUAUAGCUGUUCGUAAGGCAGGUCUUAAAUUUGGUGCAUAUCAUUCAUGGUAUGAAUGGUUUAAUCCACUUUAUCUCAAAGAUAAGGAUAAUAAAUGGCAAACACAAGACUUUGUUAAAUUUAAGGCAAGACCUGAAUUAGAAGAACUAAUCAAUACAUAUAAACCAGAGGUUAUUUGGUCUGACGGUGAUUGGGAGGCACCCGACUCUUACUGGAACAGCACUGACUUCUUAGCCUGGCUUUACAAUCAAAGUCCCGUCAAGGAUACAGUUGUUGUCAAUGAUCGCUGGGGUGCUGGAACAUCGUGCAAACAUGGAGGUUAUUAUAGUUGUGCAGAUAGAUAUAACCCAGGUACUUUGCAAAAACAUAAAUGGGAAAAUGCUAUGACUUUAGACAAGUAUUCGUGGGGUUUUAGAAGAAACUCUCAAUUAAGUGAUUAUUUAACAUCUCAUGAAUUGAUCACAACAUUGGCACAAACUGUUAGUUGUGGUGGAAAUCUGUUAAUAAAUAUUGGUCCCACACAUGAUGGUCGUGUAGUUCCCAUAUUUGAGGAAAGAUUAAGAGAUUUAGGCAAAUGGCUUGAUGUCAAUGGAGAAGCAAUUUAUAGCACUAAAGCGUGGACUCAUCAAAACGAUACGAUUACUAAAGAUAUUUGGUAUACUAGCAAUGGUGGUAAAAUAGUUUAUUCGAUAGUAUUGAAUUGGCCCGAAAAUAAUAAAGUGCUAUUGGGUGCCGUCCAAUACAAUACAGUGGACACCAUUCAACUUAUCGGUAUUAAAGGAAAUGUUGAGUUUAACAACUCUGACGGACAUACUUUAGUGACCUUUCCUCCGGUCAAUCCUCAACUAUUACAAUGGGCUUAUGUACUCAAAAUUAACGUUAAAUAAAUACUAUUUUCAAUUCUUAUCAGAUUUUGUUGUACAGUAUAUUAUAUUUUUAAAUGCUUUUAUCAAAAUAGUAUUUAUGAAAUUUAUAUUAUUUUUUAUUAUUAAUAAUAAUUGUGGUUUAUUUUAAAGAUUUA